UCGAUCUUGUACUCUCCCGGCAACCAUCGCUGAAAUCUGAACGCCGCUCCUCCCUUCUCCAGAAUGUUCCCUUCCAUCCCUGCCACGGCUUCCCGCGUCCUCUUCCCCGCCAACGCCACCGCAUCUCGCCGCGCCAUGGCCACCGCCGCAGCAGCCUCCGCGACCCCGCCGCCUCCGCAGCAGCCAGCCCCCAAGGCGGUCCGGGUGGUGGUGAAGGGCCGCGUGCAGGGCGUCUUCUUCCGCGACUGGACGGUGGAGACAGCGCGCGCGCUCGGGCUCGCCGGCUGGGUCCGCAACCGCCGCGACGGCACCGUGGAGGCCCUCCUCUCCGGCGACCCCGCCAAGGUCGACGAGAUGAUCUCCCGCCGCCUCCCCGUCGGGCCUCCUGCCGCCGCCGUCACCGCCGUGCUCCCUUCCCCUGCGGACCCGCUCGACCCCUCCGAGGGGUUCCAGCGCAAGCCCACCGCCUGAUGACGACUGUUUUCUGAUGUGCAUCAACUUUGGACAGGUCGUUGGCGAUGGACUAAAACAUUGAAACACCCAGCAUCGUGUAGUGUUUCCUGGGGUAAAGUUUGCUAGUAUUUAGUGUCGAUGGACUUCAAGAUUUAACACAAAAUUAUGUGAAGGGUAGAAGUUUAUUGACAGUAAGUUGCCGUGGUUAAGAUGUAAAGUGUGGCUGUUUUGAAAUAAGGAAAGUACGAUGGCAGUAUGGAUUAGGGAAGAUGGCGUGGAGUGUAGAAAACUACUAGUGUCAUUAAUUACCUGCUCAUCUUGGUAACUUGUAAGGGCAGAAAAAAUGUCAAACCACGUAAAGGCCACCGAAAUGGGAUGGAUGUUUAAGCUGC